AUGGUUAUUGCAAUAACGCCAACGGCAAUUGUACUUAUGGAUGCAAGCCAGGUUAUCAAGGAGAUAAGUGUGAAAAAAGAUGUAGUAUUGGAAAGUUUGGUGCAGAAUGUCAGGAGAAUUGUCCGUCAAAUUGCAAAACUAUAUAUUGCAACCAUAUCGACGGCAGAUGUAUCGAUGGAUGCAAGUCGGGUUAUCAAGGAAAUCGGUGUCAGCAAACAAGAGUUGAGGUUUGGCACAGAAUGCAGGGAGAUUUGUCCUGUCAAUUGCAAAGAUGGUUAUUGCAAUCAUGUCAACGGAAAUUGUAUUUAUAGAUGUAACCCAGGUUAUCAAGGAGAUAGGUGUGAAAGAAACUGUCAAGCAUUGAAGUUUGGUGCAGAUUGCAAGGAAAAUUGUCCUUCCAAUUGCAAAAAUGGUUAUUGCAAUAACGUCAAUGGCAAUUGUAUACAUGGAUGUGAGCCAGGUUAUCAAGGAGAUACGUGUGAAAUAAAAUGUCAAUCUGGGUCGUUUGGGACCGAAUGUAGGGGGAAAUGUUCUACAACCUGUAAAAAUGGUGUCUGUAGUUAUACAAAUGGCUAUUGUAUUGGUGGAUGCGAGGCUGGCUAUCAAGGCUCAAUGUGUGAAAGCCGUAAGUUUUUAAAAUUGUUUGAUUACGUAGAUAGUAUAGUAUUGUACGAUAAGUAUAAAAUAACUUUACAUUAUACGCUUUGUACAUGUACGACUUCAUUUAAAUAUUUUCGUUUUAAAUUGCAAUAUGUAAUAUAUUGCUUUGACAAUA